AUGAAGACACGUUUCACCCUCCUUGCACUCCUCUCUGCCGCAUCAGCCACCUACACAGGCUACAACCUCGACGCACAACGCGCAGACGGACAAUGCAAGACCCCGCUAGACUGGGCAGCAGAUCUCGCUGCCAUCCGUACCUUCCCCAACCCAACCGGCGGUGACCUUGCAGUACGCGUGUUUGCCAGUAGUGACUGUGGAACACUCUGGAACAUCGCUCAACCUGCCAUGGAUGCAGGCAUUCGUGUCCUUGCCGGUGUCUGGGCAUCUGACAUUGACAACCACUUCAGCAGGGAGAAGGACGCAUUGAAUGGCGUCAUACAGCUGUAUGGGUGCGGAUUCCUUGCCGCGGUUUCCGUUGGCAGUGAAGACUUGUAUCGUCAAGAGAUCCCUGCUUCUCGACUUGCCGAGCAAAUCUACGAUGUUCGAGGAAUGGUACGACAGUAUGGUGGCGCUUGUGCAUCUGUUCUCAUCACACACACGGAUACUUGGACUGCUUGGGUGGAUCCUGCCAACACUCCUGUCAUCAAUGCUGUGGACUUCCUCUCCAACGAUGCCUACCCGUACUACCAAGGAGCAAACAUCAUCGACGGUGGCGCAACACUCGCUACAGCUAUCAACAAUGUCCGUGCAGUAGCUGGAGGCAAGCCAGUUUGGGUGGGAGAGACAGGAUGGCCGACUGCAGGCGCGAUCAAUGGUCAAGCUGUUCCAAGCGUUGACAACCUGCAAUCUUACUACCGUCAAGCUGUGUGUCCUGGUGGACCUUUGCAUGAUAUCAACUACUUCCUCUUUGGUGCGUUCGAUCAUGCGAACCGUGCAGAGGGCGUGGAGCAGAGUUUUGGCUUGGCGAAUGUCAACAGGCAACUCAAGAUCAGCAUGACUUGCUAG